GCAUCCUUUCGCUGGUGUGAAUAUCGUGAAUUAUUUCGUAAGUCCCCGAAAAUGCCGAAAGUUGUGUCCCGCAGUAUCGUGUGUUCGGAUUCGAAGGAUAAGGAAGAGUACAAUGAGACGGGCCCGCUGAACAUUUAUUACUGUCUUUGUGGGCAAAUGAGUUUGAUUUUGGAUUGUACGCUGGAAAAGUUACCACUACGGCAGCUGGAUGGCGCCCGCGUGAUCGACAGUGCUCGGCAUGCGAACAAAGUGAAUGCCGAUGCGAGUGAAACCGUCUUCAUCCAGCGAACGGAAGGCAUCGAGAAGCAGCAUCGGCUCAAGUGCAAAAAGUGUGGCCUUCCGCUGUACUACCGGCAUUCCAACGACCCGCAGGUAACGUUCGUCAUCCGCCGUGCCCUGGUGAAGUGCAAGAGUGAGGCAAGGAUCUCGGAGUUCAUCAAAACGCCCAGCAGCAGCCUCAAUCCGUCGCUGGAACCGAAGAAGGUGAUGGUCACGAAGCACACGAAAAACAUGGGCAAAUUCAGCUCCGUAACCGUGUCGACAAUCGACGAAGAGGAAGACGAAAUUGAGGCCCGCGAGGUAGCGGAUAGCUACGCCAACAAUGCGCGCAUUAUCGAGAAGCAGCUCGAGCGGAAGGGCGGCAAGACGAACGAGGAUGCGUUGAAGGAAAAGAUCGAGCCACCACCAGCGAAAAAAACACGCGGCACGUUGAUUGAUACGUAGGAUGCAACAAAGUAAUGCCCUGCUGCAAAACAGUGUUUUGAAGAAAAACGAAACAAAGCUAAUGCUUUCACCUCAACGCCUAGAUAAUGUUAUCUUCCGCGGUUUAAGCGCACGACAGGCGUGUGCCGAAUUUUAUUUGGUAAAUACAUGAUAGUCGAACGUCGAUCUCUGGGUUUAAAAUUAGAUUUUGGCAACAAAAAACCGCACGAAGAUGAGAUCAUCAUAACAUUUUCUUUUGUAAUCAAACAUAAUUGUUUGACAAUGAGUAUCCCAAACAUUUCGAUACAAAGUAGGUUUAAAAGCGAAAGAGAAGGAUCGAUGGAGUACGGAGAUAAAUCACACUUUCCCCUCUAAUCAGCCUUUAUCGGCGCCCUCCGAAUGAUCUGGAUUCUGUAUCCGAUCGAUAUAAAGCAAUUAUUGAUAAUCGAAAUAAAAUU